GGCCGCGGGGAAAGGAAGUUUUCUCCUCCGAGGCUUUGCUCCCUGACCGGAAGGGCCGCCCGGGAAGCGAGAUCAGACGUCAGCCCGGCAGCCUGCGUCGCGAUCGGAAAGGAGCGUCCGCUAAGGGCGCCAUCGAGGUCCCCAGCGCCUCAUCUCUAUGACUCUACGCGGGUAGAAGUGCCCGACUUGGGAGUUUAGAAGGCGGCUCGAAAGGCGAGCCGGAAGCGGAAGUCGAGGAAAGUUCUAGUGGGCUGAGGAGCAGCGGGAGCAGCCGGGUGGCGGGAGCAGCUGUUACGGGGACCGGAGCUGCUGAUUAAGCCUGAUCAAGAUGACAACCUCCCAAAAGCACCGAGACUUCGUGGCAGAGCCCAUGGGGGAAAAACCAGUGGGGAGCCUGGCUGGGAUUGGUGAAGUCCUGGGCAAGAAGCUGGAAGAGAGGGGCUUUGACAAAGCCUAUGUGGUCCUUGGCCAGUUUCUGGUGCUAAAGAAAGAUGAAGACCUCUUCCGGGAAUGGCUCAAGGACACAUGUGGUGCCAAUGCCAAGCAGUCCCGGGACUGCUUUGGGUGUCUUCGAGAAUGGUGUGACGCUUUCUUGUGAUGCUCUCCAGGGAGCUCCCAGUCCCCAGCCCCAGCCUUGAGUCUCCGGAGUUUGCAGCUCAGUGGGGACUCCUUCCCCACCCUCUACGAAGGAAAAGAUCGCUAUUGCCAGUAGUCACCUCCGACGUACUCCAGGGUCUUUUGGGAGUUCUCUCCCCUCACCAUUUCAACUUUUUUGGAAUUCUCACUCUUGCAUGUGUUCCCCUUCCUUCUCCUUCCCCUGCUUGAUCCAUGAGGACAGUUACCAGCUUUCCCGAGUGGAUUGCUGGCCUCUUUCCUCACCCCCACCCUCACCUGUGGUCGUUUUAUGCCAUUUGGCUCCUUUUUUGUCAGAACAGCCACUGUCCUUGUAAAGUUUUUUAAAUCAAUAAAGUCAGUGGCCUUCA